UGUGUCAGCUGUGCGCUCAGCUGUCCACGUUCCUCCAGCCCUGUCAUUUCAGCUUUGACACCAAGGCAAGAGGCUAGGUCUACAAAUACUGCCUGGGUAGCCGGCGUGAGUACAGAGGGUACUGGGGGGGCUUAGCCCCCAAGGAAGAGGACCAGUCCUUCCCCAGCGCCACCACCAAGACCAAAGGGGCUUCCUGCUCCCUCCACAGACUGUGGAUUGACUUAGGGAUUCCCAAACGAUGACAGAAAAGGAGGUGCUGGAGUCGCCUAAGCCCUCCUCCCCAGCAGAGACUCCGCCAAGUGGGCUACAGCGGCUGAAGCAGUUAUUCAGGAAGGAGUCUACAGGAACAAAGGAAAUGGAAGUUCCCCCAGAGCCCCAGGCCAAUGGGGAGGCAGUGGGAGCUGGGGGUGGGCCCAUCUACUACAUCUAUGAGGAAGAAGAGGAAGAAGAGGAAGAGGAGGAGCCACCCCCAGAACCUCCUAAGCUUGUCAAUGAUAAGCCCCACAAAUUCAAAGAGCAUUUCUUCAAGAAGCCCAAGUUCUGUGAUGUCUGUGCCCGGAUGAUUGUGCUCAACAACAAAUUUGGGCUUCGCUGCAAGAACUGCAAAACGAGCAUCCACGAUCACUGUCAGUCCUACGUGGAGAUGCAGAGAUGCUUCGGCAAGAUCCCCCCUGGUUUCCGUCGGGCCUAUAGCUCCCCACUCUACAGCAACCAGCAGUACGCUUGUGUCAAAGAUCUCUCUGCUGCCAAUCGUAAUGACCCUGUGUUUGAAACCCUGCGCACUGGGGUGAUCAUGGCAAACAAGGAACGGAAGAAAGGACAGGCAGAUAAGAAAAAUCCUCUAGCAGCCAUGAUGGAAGAGGAGCCAGAGUCUGCAAGACCAGAGGAAGGCAAACCCCAGGAUGGAAACCCCGAAGGGGAUAAGAAGGCUGAAAAGAAGACAACUGAUGACAAGAACAAGCAACCUGGUUUCCAGCAGUCUCAUUACUUUGUGGCUCUCUAUCGGUUCAAAGCCCUGGAGAAGGAUGACCUGGAUUUCCCACCUGGAGAGAAGAUCACAGUCAUAGAUGACUCCAAUGAGGAGUGGUGGCGGGGGAAAAUAGGCGAGAAGGUCGGAUUUUUCCCUCCAAACUUCAUCAUUCGGGUCCGGUCUGGAGAACGUGUGUACCGUGUAACGAGAUCCUUCGUGGGGAACCGCGAGAUAGGACAGAUCACUCUCAAGAAGGACCAGAUCGUGGUGCAGAAAGGAGAUGAAGCCGGCGGCUACGUCAAGGUCUACACCGGCCGCAAGGUGGGGCUGUUCCCCACCGACUUCCUAGAGGAGAUUUAGGUAUGCCGGCGUCAGCUGGCCGGAGAUACCUGUGCCCCGUUCUGGGCAGGCCCAGUGGAAGUUGAAGAGGAAAGGGGCGAAAGCAACUACAUGGCUGGGUAGGGGAGGGUGGGAAGGGCCGCCUGAGCGUGACGGGGCUCCUGGGAAGGGACUGGUUCCCGCUCCCUCCCCUGACCUACGGCUUCGGAUACUGAUCCAGAGCAGCCUCUCCAGCAACCCCUCAGGUUCAGCUUUUGAGAACUGGAAAAAGAAGAAUACGUCUCCACUAGGAGGCGCCCUGGGGGUGCCGGGGUGGGUGGGAGGCAAACUGUUGAAUGUUGUGGAUUUAUUAAAAUUUUGACAAAAGUUAGAAAA